AAUGAAGCUACUAUUUUGGAUGAUGUUCAUCGUCGUGCUGAUGGAAGAAACUUGUGUUUGCCAAUUCAGCACGUCGCUCCAAUCAUUCGACGUCGUUUCUUCUAGACCAAAAGAGGCGGUGCUGCUGGAUGUGCCCAUCAAUUCAUUCAAGAAAGAUCACCUUGUGGUCGUUAUGUCUGUGUCCCUCCCAUCCGUGAAAACUACGAGGAAUUCAACCGGCCAUCUGAUUCGCGUGGAGGGCGUUUCACCCUUGAUACUUGACUGGCUCUCUCUCCGCUACAAAUUCGAUUACUCCAUCCUUGACACCAAUAUUUCUUUGCUGGAUGACAUGGGACCCAAACGACCAGGACUCAUUAGUUACCUAUUGAGGGGGGAAAGCCAAGUGAUGUUGGCGUUCAUGGGCCCUUCACCCGAACGUUUACGGAAAGUGGAGGUCGUCCAUCCUUGGCUGUACACGCCGCCCGCCUUCCUCAUCCCAAUGCCCGAAAUGUUGCCUAACAACGUCGACGCAGUCAUCAAACCUUUUCAAUUAUGGGUUUGGAUGGGAUUAGUUGGUGCGGUUGCAUCCUUCGUUUUCACCAUGUCGUAUUUAAAUCGCACCCUAACUUGGAGGAAUCAAUCCGUCUCAAACAAUGCUGAAGGAAAUGUCGACCAACCUCCUGAUGUUGUGACUGAAAGUGUCUACAUGUACGUUGUAGGAACCUUAUUGAAUCAAGGUAUUAUAUUUUAA